AUGGGGAACCUGGUGCUGCGUUCAGGUUGUAGACGGGGGCGAUGCAGCUUUCCUUCCCCUGAUUCACGACGUACUGCGGAGAGGGCUGCAGUCCCCGCGCAGGGGCGGGACAGGACGCCGGGGUUCCGGAGCCAGCCCGGCCCCCACCCCACAGUCAGAGGGCUCAGGGCGCUCGGCGGCGGAGACCGGGUGGCUGACCCUGUGGACUCCGAGUGUUCGGGGAGUCCCCGCCGCCCCCCCAACAGCGGCCCUCCCCAGCUCCGGACGCCGCCUCACGCCCCGCGAGCCGUUGUGACUGACAGGCCUUCGCCCACGAGUUCCUCCCAGGUGUCAGUCAGGACUCGGGGGUGGGCCGAGAAGUGCCGUCCAAUCGAUGCCGUGGCGCUGUGUGGGGAGCCGCCAGCCGCUUCGCGGUUCUUCUCGGGACCCCGGAGAUUGUCCCCUGCCCUCUGCGCUUUGCGCCGCGGUGCUGCGUGGAGAUCCACGUCAGGACGCUGGAUGUCCGGGAAGCCCGAAAUGGGGUCGGUGUCAUUUGAAGACAUAGCUGUGGACUUCACCAGGCAAGAGUGGCAGGAGCUGGGUGCUGAUCAGAGGACCCUAUACAGGGAUGUGAUGCUGGAGAACUACAAUAGCCUGGUGUUCUUGGGGUACUGCAUUACCAAACCUGAAUUGAUCUUCAAGUUGGAACAUGGAGGUGGGCCAUGGCAUGUAGCAGAAGCCUCAGUCCGGAAUCUCCCAGUAACCGGCCAAGUUGGCACCAACCAGGAAAAUCAAAAGAGACAUUUAUGGCAAGUUCAAAAGAACAGUACCAAUGAAGAAAUAGUUAAAAAUGAACAAAAGGUGCAUCUGAAAAUCUACCAAGGGAUAAAAUGCUAUGAAGGUAAAGCAUGUGUGAGAAUGUGUAACCAAGAGUCACAGUACCAAAGGAAUCUGAUGUCUUACACAUGCAAAAAGGCUUUGUAUUACAACUCAGCUCUCAAUAAACAUCAUAAUCUUUGUAGAAAGGGGGGUAAGAAAGAUGAGUAUAAGGAAUGCAGGAAAACAUUAAAAUCACUCCACAUUGUACCUCAGAGAACACAUUUAAGUAAGAAGCACAAUGAAUAUACAGAAUAUGGGGAAUCUCUCUAUUACAAGAAAGUCUCUAGACAUAGAAGUCAUUCUGGUGAGAAGCGCUAUGAAUGUAGAGAAUGUGGGAAAGCUUAUACUAGCAAGGCAUAUCUCACUGUUCAUGAGAGAACUCAUACAGGAGAGAAGCCCUAUGAAUGUACAGAAUGUACAAAAGCUUUCAUUCGGAAAGUGUACCUCACUAGACAUCAGAGAACUCAUGUGGGUGAUAAGCCCUAUGAAUGUACACAAUGUACAAAAGCUUUCACCCGGAAGGAGCACCUUGCACGGCAUCAGAGAACUCAUACAGGCGAGAAGCCUUAUUUAUGUACAGAAUGUGGAAAAGCUUUCUGUUACAAAGAACAACUCAUUGUUCAUAAGAGUAUUCAUUCUGGUGAGAAACCCUAUGAGUGUACAGAAUGUGGGAAGGUUUACACCAACAAAGUAAGCCUUACUCGACAUGAGAGAAUUCAUACAGGUGAGAAGCCUUAUAAGUGUACCGAAUGUGGGAAAUUUUAUAUUUUCAAAGGAAGCCUCAUUCAACAUCAGAGAGCUCAUACGGGUGAGAAACCAUAUGAAUGUAUAGACUGUGGGAAAGCUUUCACUCGCAAGGGAGACCUCACUCACCAUCAGACAACUCAUACUGGUGAGAAACCCUAUGAGUGUACAGAAUGUGGGAAAGCUUUUACUCGCAAAGGAGACCUUCGUAAACAUCAGAGAACUCAUACUGGUGAGAAACCAUAUGAAUGUACAGAAUGUGGGAAAGCUUUCACUUGCAAAGCAGAACUCAUAAGACAUCAGAGAACUCAUACGGGAGAAAAACCAUAUGAGUGUACAGAAUGUGGGAAAGCUUUCACACGCAAAGUACACCUCACUCAUCAUCAGAAAAGUCACAUGGGUGAGAAGUGCUACAGUUUUCCAAAAUAUACAAAAGUUUGUACCAGAAUAGGAAACCUCACUCAUCAUCACAGAACUCAUGCUGUUAGAAGCUCUUUGAAUGUAGAGAAUGUGGCAAAUCUUUCUAUGACAAGUCACAAUUCAUUAAACAUCAGAGAAGUCAUACAGGUGAGAAGCACUCUGAAUGUACAUAAUGUGGAAGGCUUUCAUUUGGAAAGUCAUCAACAUUGUUCAUGAGAUAACUCUUGGGUGAGAAGUUCUAUGAAUAUAUUAAAUGAUGGAAAGCUUACACCAGCUAUACAUCAGAGAGCAUGGGUGAGUAGCUCUAUAUGUCAUUUGGGAAAUUUUCCACUCUUAAGACCCAGCUGAUUAUAUCUCAGAAACAGCAAAAAUGAAUAAGCAGAGAGAUACAAUAUGGUAAAAUAUACCACCACAAUUUAUAUUGUCAAGAGCUCCUAUCAGUGUGAGAUUUAUAGAAGGGAAAUCCAACAACAUUCACACAUUGACAUGCCUUAAACCACUUAUGAAAUUGCUAGCAUAUUUGAAAUUUUAAAAAAGUUUUGAAUUUUGGAUGUGACUCAUAGUUUCUUUUGUGAAUUUUAUGUUAUAUAUGCACGUGUCAAAGUUCUAUCAUGUGAUUUACAUAUUUAUGUCUAUAGGGAAAUUGAAACUAUAAGCAAUUUUGGAGAAAUUUCAUCAAAUUUACUGUGUCUAAUUGUACUAUUUUUUAUUGUAAUCAUUGAAAAAAUUUCAUAAUCAUCAUUGAGACAAUGCCCAUGCAGUCCUUGAAUUCCUAUUGUAGUUCAGGCUGUUCUCAUAUUCAUGUUACUCCUUCAUCUUCCCAACUUGUUGGAUUAGAGAUACAUUUCUUUAAAUUUUGUUAAAUUUAUAUUUAAGUACAUAAAUGAAAUGUCAAAUUUGGGGGGCUUAAGAAGUGACCACAUGCUAUGUAAGAAUCAGGACCUAUGUUUUUAUUUCAGAUGUGAAACCAUAUCUCAAAAAAAUAAAUAACAGGCUGCUGAGUAAUAAAGACCAAUAUCUAGUA